GAAUAAAAUUAGUCUUUGGCAAACCACUAAAGAGUUCGGUUGUUUUACUUAAUAGGUCUUCGAUUUUCUUAUUCUGAUCCUAUACAGUGUUAAACGAGCGUAGAAAUGUUGACAUAUCACCCAUCAGUGAAUACAGUGAAUAGUAUCGAUAGAGUAUUAUGAUGAAAGAGAAAGAACUAUUUUGACAAGUUUCCCAAGUUAAUCAGAACAAACCUAUAUGAUUCCACGGCGCUGUAUAUAAUUCUCCUUAACAGUGUUCGCCAGGACCACCAACUUGACACCAAUAAAAUUGCUUUUCGGCUGCUCAGCUGCUCAGUUGUCAAAAAGAUUAUAAUUUUUUUUCGUUCUUGACGAAAUUUUUUUAAUGGCGAAAUAAAUUGUGCAAAAAAACAUUGAAAAAAUCGUUUGAUUUUCGAACACGUCGGCCCCAUUUAACCAACAACACAAUGUCGACAUCGAUCCCAUACGAUUUGUCGACCGAAUCGGACUUGAGACAAUUUUCCAAUUUCUAUGCCAGUAAUUUUAUGGUAACAAACAACGGCUCCGACGAACUGAGCAAUGGACAUGGACGCAAAGAACAAAUGACCGAAAUGCAACAGAUUGUUGAAGCCUCAAUGCCUGAUUCGUCGAAGAAGGAAGUGUAUCAAAUACUGGAAAAAAUCGAAGAACUAAAACCAGCCGAAAAACUUUUGCUGUACUUAAGACUACCGACGGGAUCGCCGGACACUGAUCCUCUCAAACAACCGCAAAAUCCGUUGGGCACACGUUUGGAAAUCAAUCAUACCAUCAACUGGGUCCGGUCACAUUUAGAAAUUGAUCCGAAUGUGUCCAUUCCGAAGCAGGACGUGUACGACGAUUAUUUCGAAUACUGCAACAAGGUCGACAUCAAGCCACUGUCAACCGCCGAUUUCGGCAAAGUUAUGAAACAGGUCUUUCCAUCGAUUCGUCCGCGACGUUUGGGUACCCGUGGCAAUUCCCGGUAUUGUUAUGCAGCACUUCGCAAAACGACACAAUUAGCACCACCAUCGCUGCCGGAGUUGAAAGCGCACGCAGAGGUUGUACAUGAUGCCGACGACGGUGAAGCUACGGUUUCGAAAUUCGUUAAAAAUACCAUCAAGGCAUGGGCAUCGAAUUUGUUGAGCUCGAAAUUCGAACGAUUGGACGAUUUGGCUAGUUACAUCACAACGAACAACAUGAAUUCAUUAAGUGCCAAGGUGUUGCAACGAAAAAUUACCAGAGAUGCUAAAUUGUCGCACAAGAAGAAUGAAUCGUUGGCGUCAAAGCGACGUCGACGAAAGCGCAGAAUUACCUCACAGUCACAGGCCGCCGAGACUGCUACAUCGACGACGACCAGCGGCAAUUCGGAAAUUGUGGAAAAGUUUGCGAAGAAAAACGCUCCAAUCGAACCAGUUCUGUUGGGCAACAUAAAAACCGAGAUCGACAUAGACAGUGGCGAAUUUGGUACAAAAACCACGUUAAAUGAAACCAAAGUGUAUUGUGAUAAGAAUUUUGAUACGGACACACCGCAAUAUCCUUCUACGCUAGUAAGUAAUAUCCAAAAAGAACCAGUCAAAAAUGUGAUCAUGGCUGCGCAAGAUACGUCAAUGAAACCGCCAUUCGAUCGUUCGCGCAUGCCAUUGGAUGGGAUGGUAAAUGGAGCCGCACCGAUCGAUUCGAAUUUAUCGUUGAAACGGUUGUUGAACACGAGUACAAAUCCACCGACGAGGCCAAAUUUUGUUUUUAGAGAACCGAACAACGUUGAAACAUCCCAACAACAACAGCAGCAGCAGCAGCAACAACCACAGCAGCAAGUACAACAAUUACCUGAAAAUGCCGAUGAAACAUCUGAUUUGAUAAUUCCACGUGAGAGAGUGAUCAGCAUCUGUACGUUGGACAAAGACGCACUGGAUAGCUAUCUGAUUGAAGGUGAAAAUUCGCAGGACCAAGAAGCCGAACUGAUGGAAUACUUUCAGUCCGAGGAGGCGAAUAAUGUUCCGACGGCAGGUAAGAAACAGACAACGCCAAUUUUGGAGAAUUAUCAACUUUACAACAAUGACCUCAAAGUGAAUCGUAAAAUUUCGUUCGACGAUAACAACAAGCAGAUAUUUGAGCUGCGGUCAUAUCUGCAGCAAAAUUUUGAUUCGUCGAAAAAUCUUGCGAAAAAGAAACCCGCUAACCCUUUGAACACUCAUCUUAAGUAUACAACCGCCCCGACGACUGUGCAACGUAAUACUAAGUCUAAACGGGGUUCUAAGUCUUCUACCAAGUCCCAAAAUUACGUUCAAUCAAACUUUGUGCAGAAUGCCAAUGCUCGCUGUCAAAAGUACAGUUUCGUCCCAAUAUCACCGGGUCCACAGUCACCUGUCCAGUCGCGUGCAUUCAAUUUUAACAAUAACAACACAAUCACGUCAAGUCCAUUUGUCAGUCCCGGUGUAACACCGAAACCGCGUCAGCUGCAAAAUUACUCGUACACACCCAGCCAUUCGGUCGAUCAAUUUGAAUUGAACGGCACCUUCUCCAAACCAUUUCAGCUAAAAGAAGAAAUUAGUGCCUCAGCACCAACUAGUCCUCAGUCACUCAAAGCUAACGCAUUUCAGUUCUUCCCGGAUAAAAACCAGUUCUUCGGUAACGAUCGCUUCUCCAUGGCAUAUCAAAGUAAUGCCCAGGUGUCUGCAUCGUUAUGUGAAAAUCGGUCUCAGAGCGUUCCCGUUGACAGGCUGUUUCCGCAGAAAUACAAUCAUUACUCGUCGACGAGCCAAACGCCCAUUCCGCCAGACUACAUUGACUUUGGCAAUCAUGACCACUAUUUCGGAACCGUUUCCAAUCAUCUGAUAGACAAUAAAAACAUAAAGCCGCUUCGGCUCAAUGCCCCCAACCAUGUUAACGAGCUAGCCGGCGACCUCAAUUUCCAAUUCAAACAUCACAUUAAUCCAACAUCACGAUCAGUGCCAUCCACACCACAGCCAUGCCAUCAAAGAUAUCAAUAUCGUGACGUUGAAAUUUCAUCAUUCAAGCCGUUCGAUAUGUCUAAAUCGGUGCCAACAACACCGAUCACAACGUGUCCGUUCCGGUACAGCCCCGAACUGAAUCGUGACUUUUUGAUCAAUGGCAAUACGGUGGAUUUAGACUCUCUGGGACCAUUGUACAAAGACACAUCGAACAGCGGUCUGUGUGACGACGGUCUGGCCAUUUCCGAUGAAAUCGAAGAAUUGUCUUCAUUUGAUAACGUUGCCGAUCCAAUCAUUGGAUCCGAUUUGCUGAGCAACAUUUGAGAUGAGAAUUUCGUUCCCCUGCUAUCUGAAGGGGAGGAAUAGUGAAAGUUGAAUCGUUUGUGUAGUCACAGUAAAACGUGCAGCGUCAGAGUGAAUUCGUGUCAUUAUACAGAACAAAUUGUGUGAGUGCACCAGUGAUACGUUUGUGAUAUACUUCCAAUAUAAAAUUCAGUUCUCAAAACUGAGUUUCCUUCACCAUUAUCCUCGCUAUAUCUCAAUACUCGACGCUAGAAAAUCACAAAAACUCGAAAAGGUGUUGCCUUUGCAGAAUAUAUUUCACCUUCACAUUUUCAACUCAUCACCGACCAGCACAUUCCAAAGUCUUUUACGAAUCUGUCUUCAUUUGGGCAGCUUUUAAUUUUAUAAAUUCUAAGACAAGUAGUUGCGACAGCGAAUUUUACGUUUUGAUUCAGCUGCUUAAAUGAGCACAUAACUGUUCAGGUAGGAUGCACGCACACAUUGCAGAAUGUUAUACCUAAAUAUCGUAUAUCAUACCUACGUGUCGGAUAAUAUAACUGAGCGAUGUGUAAUAUAACUACUUGUCCUAUACAGUCACUGUCACAGUCACCAAUUUUUUUUUACGUGGUGUGAGUUGGGGUAAUUUAUUCUUAACGGUAUGUAUGACCAGUUUCUCUUAUCUCAUUAAACCAAUCCGGUGAAUAAGUCACAAUUUUAUCGAGAGGGGCGCGCCUUUCUGACUAAAUGGACCGAAACUACUAAAUGUACUAAAAUUAGUAAAAGUACUAAAUGCGCUGAAAGUACUAAAUGUACUAAAAGUACUAAAUGUACUAAAUGUACUAAAUGUACUAAAUGUACUAAAAGUACUAAAUGUACUAAAAGUACUAAAAGUACUAAAGUACUAAAUGUACUAAAAGUACUCAAUGAAACAAAUCGUAUGGGAUUAAAUAGACUAAAUUCAAGAAAUGCGGCCACCCCCGAAUUUUACUUUAUCUGAUGUUUGGGUCUAAUUGAUAAAAUAUUGAAUUUUGGUAAAUGAUCACAGAAUUGUCGUGUUGUUAUUUUCGAAUUGAAUAAACUAGAUACUUAGUCGUAACAUGGACCAUUGUUCGUUCAAAGGUUGAUCAUUUUCACCGUGUACAACUUUUCGCCAUUUUUUAUUUUUCGUUUAUUACAUGAAAAUUUAAGAAUCACAUCAAAUUCGAAGCAUUUUGUAUCACUCAAUUAAAGUGAAUUUUACAUACGACGACGACAAGAGUACGUCUGAUUAAAAUGAUUAUGAUGUCGCCAUGGGUGCCUUACAAUACACAAUAUUCAAUUGCCAGAAUUUAAAUCCGGUUAUACGAUGAAGUAGAUUUUGUUCUCAUUCAAUUUACAUCAUUACUUCAAUUACAUUAUAAAUGGCCGCAGUAAACAGUAUCGCUGCUCUGACUUCAUCAAAUUUUUUGCUAACAAAACAUUUCAAUUGAGUUGCACUUCACAUUCAUUUAGUAAAUUAAGAUUUUUUGCUCACACUCAUGUUUCUUUACAUGCAACGGGGACGAAAUAGUUUUUUUUAAACAUUUUUCUCGGGUUAUCUCGUCCCUCUGCAUGUAAUAGUAGAUUGCGUAUUGGUUUGGGGAUUUUUUGUUUAUUUGGACAAACUCGAGCCGAAGGGGAGCGAUGCAACCAUACAAGUCAAAAUGACAUUCUCAAUACCAUUACGUAGUAUAUUUCACUCGCGAAAACCCUAUAGGAAACGAGUUUUUAAAUAUGUGAUGGAAAACGAGUUUCCAGUGGGUGUGCAGCGAGUAUCACGGCCAAUGUUUUGGGAAUCUUUUAUCUAGAAAAUUCUGAAAGUUCCGAAAAAUUCUGAUUUUUUUCCGGAAUUCUAUUACAAUUUUUCAGAAAUCAAUUCCCAAAAAUAAGCCCUGGUAAAGUUGAGUACGUAUCUGUUUUGGGGUGAUUGAACUGAGAAAAUUUCUCAUGUAGCCCUCGAUGCCUCGAUCAGUUUUGAGGCAUCAUCAUGUUAAAUUGCCAUAAAACCAAUUGUCCGAAACAGAUCCGUAAAUAACUGUUAGCGGUGACCAUAGACAUAAAACUAUGUAGAAAACAAACAAACAAAGUCAAAACACGCUAUAAGAAAAACUCUUAGGAUAUAAUUAUGUUGAUUGUCAUUUCUGUCGUUUAUCAAAUUAAAAAUAAAA